ACGACUGUGAGACUUUCCAUUUAAAAUUAUCUGUUGUUAAAAAAGAACCGUAGGAAAAUUCUUGUAAAUGUUAAGCGGCCAAAAGUGUGCAAAGUCAAUGUUGAUUCAUUCGCAGGAGGAAAAUGUAAGCGGUAGGAAACUAAUGCCUCUGGCCAAGAAGAGCUACAGCAGCCAGCAUCAGCUGGCAUCCUUGCCCGGCGAGGACAUCAACACCAAAUGUGCCAAAGCGGAUGAUGAUCUGGGACUCGGCAACAUCGAUCAGUUUGGCUUGGAGGACGAUGAGCAGCCAAAGAGACGACACAACUCGCAGGGCGAUGAGAUUGGCGCCAAGCUGAAGCAUGAGCUGUCCAAGUACAAGCAGGAGCUCGAGGAGUACAAUGAGACGACAAGGGAUCUGGAGAAGAAGUACAUGAAGAUCAAUGACGAACUAAGCGAAAUGCAGCAGAAACACGAUCAGUUUGCUGACCGUCGCAGCGAAAUGGAUGUGGAUGAGAGCGGAACACUCCAAGGUUAUUCACCCUCAUCCACAACCAGCAUCGGUUCAGAGGUGACGGUCAAGCGCAAGACAUCCAAUUUAUUUCACAGCAACACCAGCUUCCUGGAGGCAGCCAGUUCAUGUGAGGAGUUGCUUAAGCACAGCGAGUUGAGACCGGUCAAGAUUCUGCACAAUUUGUCGGCACAGAUAGACAGUGUGUAUUCCAGACGGCAUGUUGGGGAUACACCAACCAAUCGGCUAACGCGACGCGGUAAGCGUGUGGAGGAUCAGGAGAAUGAUCCAACAACACUCAAGCAGAUGUAUCAUGUGCUCAAGGACGUGAUCAAUACGCAGCAGGAUAACAGACGGAAAAACGCAUACGAUCGAGAGAACGGUGACUUCAAUCAGCUCUAUACGACCAUUAAGGAUCUGAAGAGCGAGCAAUUGGAGUUCCGUAACAUAAUACGGCAUCAGCAGGAUCGCAUCUCCGAUUAUCACACACGCUGUGUGAAGGCGCACGAUAUAAUGAAGACGCAGAAGCACGAGAUCGAUAAGCUGCAGGUGAACAACAAUCAGCUGGAGUCGAGCAUCUUCCAUGACAUCGAUAGCCUGCGCUCCAAGAUCGACAUCAAGCUGAAGAGUGUUGCCCAGCUGCCGCUGCUGAUGCACGAGGAGCACAUUAAAUAUGAGAAGGCGCUGCGCGAAAAUUGCCUAAUGGCCGAGAAGAUGCACACGCUCCAAAAGGAGGCCACACAGCUGAAAACGAAAAUCGAUGAGCUUGGCAAGCGCAAACUGAUCACCGUCAAUCGCCUGAAAGCGGCCGAGCGAGAUCUGAAGAUCUUCAAGAACUACAAUGCCACCCUGAAGACAGAAAAGCGACGCAUCGCCGACGAGCUGGCCACGAUGAGGGCACAAAUGGACUCGCUGCAAGCGGCCAGUAAACGACAAUUGUCGCGUCAUCGCGAGCAGACGGAGAAGCAGCGCCGGGAGCUGCAGAAGCGCAUCUUCGAUCUGGAGCUAAAGCUCAGCCGUAGUCAAAACUCCACAUCGAGUCUCAUCCAGGAGCGGGACAGUCUGAUUGCCGAGCUGCAGACCCAACUGCACACGUUGGUCCACAAUUUCGAGGUAUCCCAGAAGCAUAUACGCGUCCUGCGUCGCCACAUCUACACCAUGACCACCGGGGGUGUAGUUAGUGGCUCUGCUGCUGGUGCCAGUGCUGGUGCUCCGCACUCUAGCAGCGAACCGAACGUGACAAGGACGAAACUUAAUUGACUCAGGCAAACGGAGGAUGCGCCACACGCAUACUGAGCACCAGUGCCUCAAGAGACAUCGACGUCGGCCGGUUCAAGCAAGUUGAGGAUAUGGCCGAGAGGAAUCUUAUCUGGGCCAUACACUCAAUUUGCUUGUAGCCUGUGUUGGCAACUGUUGUUAUUCGUGUCGUAUCUGCUUAUUUUAUUUGAAAGCUUUUGAUUAUAAAUUGUGUGCAAAAUGAA